CCUAGCAUACACGGCCCUAUUGACAGUCAGUGGUGAUGCUGUUGCUGCAGGGACUCGCUCGCACACUGACGAGGAUGAUGCGGGUGAAGAAAACACGCUUACAGUCUGUGCAUGUGGCACUCAGUUUUUGAGGAAGUGAAGAAAGUGAAGAAAAUGGACGACGUGUGCACGGCUCUGUGGAUCCGUGUUGUUUUACCCGCAUCGGCAAGAAGUGAGGGAUCGGUGCCUUCAAGUCUGUGUUCCUGGAGAUGGACCGACGUCUCUGCACUGAAACAACGGACGCUAUGAUAGCUAGCAUGCUCUCUGAUGUUUGUUUUUUUACCCGACACAUAAUAUAACGCCAUUGUUUGGAAUAUAAUUUCCAAAAAACGAGGAAAAACUUUUUUCGUUUUAUCUAGCAAACUAACAAACUAGCUCGAUAAAAGCAAAGUGAAAAGGUUAAACCGUACCUGGUGACACAUGAAUCGCGUCUAGCUACAUUAGUUAGCCCUCUUUAUAUAAAGCUAUUAAUGCUAGUCAAAAUUGGUUACGCUAAUUAAUAUUAGCGCUAGCUAAGAAAACAUCCUUAGUAACGGUGCCUAGGUUACACAGUAGUGACUAGCAUAACCCGUCUGGUUAGUGAAGUCGCAUUAAACGCUAAUAGCGUUCAGCAAUUAUUCAAUAAUUGCUCUUUCAUAACUAGUUUAUAUAGUUGAUUUAGCAUCGAUGUCGCCAAAUAUGAGGCUAACGAUACAGGUUUUUUUUAGGUGUAACGUUCACACCUUUUUCUCCAUAGGUUCAUUUAAAGCGUUAUAACCGCUCAAUAACUAAAAUAAAACACAAGCGGAUAAUUUUUCAGGUAGAUUUUUGCUGACAUUUUCCUUCUGAAUGUGUUAAGCUAGGACAGGAAACUUGACACUUGAGCUGAGCACACUGUUGCUGGUAAAGAAAAAAAUUCCAGAGCAGCCUCAUUAAGUGUAGCCCAUAAGUACCAGAAAUGCGUCUCUCCUCGUUUUUGGCCUUGUUCAGGCCUGCUUUACCCCUCAUCCUCGGGCUUUCUCUGGGAUGCAGUCUGAGUCUUUUAAUGGUGUCCUGGACGCAGGGAGACACCGACGACUCCUGCCGGGAUGAACUGGGCAAUGGGGGGCUUUUCCUGGGCAGAGGAGAUGCCCAGAGAUUCUCCAGGGAUGAAGCCGGGGAUGAGGAUUUCCAGCCUCGGAUAGUUCCGUAUCACAAGGAUCCGAAUAAGCCUCACAAGAAAGUUCUCAGAACCCGUUAUAUCCACACUGAACUGGGCAUCAGAGAGCGACUGCUUGUGGGCGUGCUGACCUCUCGGGCCACCUUGAACACAUUGGCUGUGGCUGUGAACCGCACCGUCGCACACCACUUCCACCGGACCUUUUUCUUCACAGGUUUGCGCAGCCCCAAAGUACCUCAUGGCAUGACUGUGGUUGCCCAUGGCGACGACCGCCCAGUGUGGCUCAUGUACGAGACAGUCCGUCACCUCCAUCAACAUUAUGGCUCAGACUACGACUGGUUCUUUCUAGCACAGGAUGACACUUACAUGCAGGCAGAUCGUUUGUCUGAGCUUGUGGGCCACCUCAGUGCAGGUCAGGACCUGUACAUGGGCAGGGCGGAGGAGUUCAUUGGUGGGGAGGAGAAGGCACGCUACUGCCAUGGAGGCUACGGCUACCUGCUGUCUCGCAGCCUGCUGGCCCGUCUUCAGCCACAUCUCGACACCUGCCGUAAUGACAUCCUCAGUGUGAGACCUGAUGAGUGGCUGGGCCGCUGCAUUAUUGACUAUCUGGGUCUCAGCUGUGUGGAGGCGCACCAGGAGAUGACCUAUCGCUAUUUUGAACUUGGGAAAAAUGCCGACCCAGAGCGUGAAGACAGCGCACAGUUUAAAAACGCCUUCACAGUGCACCCUGUAUCGGAACCCAAUCUCAUGUACCGCCUGCACAAACGCUUCAGCCAGAUCGAGCUGGAAUGGACUUACCUACAGAUUGAACAGCUCCAGAUUCAAAUCAACAACCUCAGCGAUCUGACACCAGAGGGUAAAGCUGGAGUGACAUGGCCUAUUGGAAUCAACCCUCCCUUCAAACCAAGAACGCGUUUUGAGGUCAUAAACUGGGAGUACUUCACAGAAGAGCACAUCUACUCGUGCAUCGACGGCUCCCCAAAGUGUGAGAUGAGAGGCGCGGAUCGUGCCGAUGUAAAUGCAAUUCUGGAGAUCGCAGUGGAGCGGUUAAAUGAGCGAUACCAGCCACAGCUGCGCUUCCGCAAACGCCGUCUUCUUAACGGGUACCGGCGCUUUGAUCAUACACGUGGUAUGGAGUACGUGCUGGACCUAGCGCUGGAAGCUUAUACCCAGAAAGGCCACAGUCAAGUCAUUGUGAAACGGGUCACCCUGCUGCGACCUCUAAGUGCAGUUGAGAUUAUCCCCAUGCCCUAUGUGACAGAGGCAACACGGGUGCAGGUCAUCCUGCCUGUCACUGCCCAGGAUCAGGAUUAUGUCAGUAACUUCCUGGACAUGUAUGUGAUGAACACUCUGGACACCCAUGAUAAUGUUUUACUCACGUUCUUGUUCAUAUAUGAUCCUUUUGAUGCGCAGCGAGUCAGCCAGACUGAUGUGUUUGCUGGCAUCAAAGCCAUGAUCGGCGAGGUGGAGAAACGCUACGGGGACGUGAAGAUUCCGUGGAUUAGCGUGAAGACGGAGGUGCCGUCACAGGUCAAGCUGAUGGACAUCAUCUCCAAGAAGCACCCAGUGGACACGUUGUUUUUCCUGUCUAGCGUGUGGACCGAAGUCAACGCCGAUUUCUUGAACCGCUGCAGAAUGAACGCCAUCAGCAACUGGCAAGUCUUCUUCCCCAUCCACUUCCAGGAAUACAAUCCUGCGGUUCUCUACCGCGACCAGCAGCCUUCUGCCGCCUCCUCCUCUUUUGCCUCCGAGUCACUGCGGGACGGCCACUUCGACCGCCAGGUCUUUGACGAGGCCUGCUUUUACAACGCGGAUUACAUGACUGCACGGACCAAGAUGGCUGCUGACAUUUUAGAUAACGAGGAGCUGCUGGAAAGCAUGGACGUGUACGACAUAUUCGUCCGUUACUCAGGCUUACAUGUGUUCAGAGCUGUAGAGCCGGCGCUGAUCCAGAAAUACGUACGGCGAGCGUGCAACCCUCGGUUCAGCGAGGAUAUCUACCACCGCUGUGUGCUCAGCAACCUGGAGGGUCUGGGGUCACGCUCGCAUCUGGCCAUGGCUCUUUUUGAGCAGGAACAGGCCAACAGCACCUAGAGGACACAUGAUACUUCAUUUAAACCUCACAUAUGCUGCCUGGAGUAAAGGAUACUCACGCUUAAUGCUGUGAAUUUUUACUUUUGUGAUCCAUACACUGAAAUUCUCACACUUCUGUUUGGCAGAAAGUGGCGAGGCUCAGUUAAAAGCAGAAACACAUUGUGCGCGGACACCUUGGCGGCGUUAAUGUGUGCGGAAACAUUCUGCUCCCUGACUACAAGUACGUCUGACUCAUGAGUCUGUGUCUUUGAAUCUGACGGUUUUAUGAAACAUGGAGGCUUUUCUGUGGACGUUCGCAGAAUACAGAGGAGCUCUUCAUUGUUCUGACGGGAGCUGAGAAUUUACAUUCCAUCAUAUUUAUGAACAUUCAUGGAAAAUGUAAUAAAUAAAAGGUGCCAUUGUUAAUCAUUGAUUGAGGAAAGAUUAAGGAGCCAUGAAACCUGAUCUAUACUUUGUCGCCUGACAAUGUCGUACAACAGAAAUGGACACUUUCCAAUCAUGUUUCACGCUUAAAGUUUAAAUGUAGGACACAAACCUCUUCCCCUGGAUGUUCUUUUGGUGGGUUCAGUCCCACACUCGCCAACCUGGAUACAUUAUCACAGCGUAGGAAAAAAGUAGCUGAGCUGACAAUGUAUGUAACAUUUUUCAUAUGCUGCAACGAGCAAUAAUGUCAGACCUGACUGAGGGAGCGCUUGUGUGUAUACAGCAGCAGCGCAGGGGCUGGCGGGACAAGACGCGUUUAUCCUCUGAAAGACUGGGUUUUUCUACGCAGUAGAAUUUACUUCUGAAACUCAAUUUGCAGCCGUUUCACUUUAAUAGUGCAAUGUUGCUGUUACCUCUGCCAACAAGUCACUUCCUGUGUGCAGCGUGGGAACGUGGCCCGGCCCACACAAGAUUAAGACUAAAUCAUCAUUGCGUGAACUCAUUUGACAAUGGUUUUAAUCCAGUGGACAUUUGUUUAUAUUUAAAAGUUACACACUACAGUUUUGUCGAGCGACUGAGUAGAAAUCAGGUUUAAGAGGUUUUAAAAAAGAAUACUGGAACAAGCCAAAGCUGUUGGCUGCCUUUUCUUUGACAUGUUUUGUUUUUUUGAUUUUUUAAAUUAAAGAGUAAUUCUGCA